AUGUCAAAUGCAAGCAUCUCAGUUGUCAUUCCUGAUUGGUUUGAGAGUCUUUAUUGUGGCAUUAUACACUUGGAUCUUUCUAACAACCAGAUCAAAGGAAAGGUGACAAUAUUUCAAAAAUGUAAAUAUAGUGCUCAUGAUAAACAGUUACUAUUGAGUUCUAACAGAUUUGAGGGCCCACUAGCACCGCUUCCUUCAGAUGUUUAUGUCUUGGAUCUCUUCAACAACUUGCUUUUAGGACCUAUUACUGUGAGUGAUGAUAAUGCGACGAUGAGUUUGAGUUAUCUUUUUCUCUCAAAUAACAACUUGACUGGUGUCAUUCCAGUGUCUUUGUGCAAGGCAAAGGAUAUAAGAAUUAUUGAUUUCUCAAACAAUCAGUUAUCAGGGAAAAUUCCUCCUUGCUUGGGGCAGUUGGAUCAGUUGGAGGUGCCAGAUUUGAAGAAUAAUAGUCUAUAUGGUGAAAUUCCAAGUUCAUUGGGUUCCCUACAAUUUCGCAAUUCCUUGCACAUGCGUAACAAUAAGUUUUAUGGGAAGCUUCCUUUGUCCUUACAGAAUUUGACACAACUUUUCACCAUUGAUCUAGGACCUAUUACUGUGAGUGAUGAUAAUGCGACGAUGAGUUUGAGUUAUCUUUUUCUCUCAAAUAACAACUUGACUGGUGUCAUUCCGGUGUCUUUGUGCAAGGCAAAGGAUAUAAGAAUUAUUGAUCUCUCAAACAAUCAGUUAUCAGGGAAAAUUCCUCCUUGCUUGGGGCAGUUGGAUCAGUUGGAGGUGCCAGAUUUGAAGAAUAAUAGUCUAUAUGGUGAAAUUCCAAGUUCAUUGGGUUCCCUACAAUUUCGCAAUUCCUUGCACAUGCGUAACAAUAAGUUUUAUGGGAAGCUUCCUUUGUCCUUACAGAAUUUGACACAACUUUUCACCAUUGAUCUAGGUGAAAAUGUGCUCACUGAUAAUAUCCCUCCAUGGAUUGGAUAUAACCUAACUAAUCUUAGAUUUUUCAGUCUUCAAUCAAAUAAUUUCUAUGGUGAUAUUCCUCCACAACUCUGUUAUCUCCAAGAUUUGCAAUUGUUGAACUUGGCACAAAAUAACAUAAUGGGAAAUAUCCCUCGUUGUUUUGCCAACUUCACUGCCAUGGUUGCAGUAGAUAGUGUGUUUGAUUUCAAACUAUAUAACUAUUAUGAUGUUAGUGCAACUUAUGAAGAGAACAUUUUGGAUUCAAUGAAAGGAAGAGAACUGGAAUACACCAAGACACUCAAAUUUCUUGUCUCCAUGGACCUUUCGAACAAUGGCAUUAUUGGAGAGAUUCCAGAAGAGUUAAUGGAUCUUUUUGGGUUGCUGAACUUGAAUUUAUCUGGAAACCAUCUAAAAGGAAGGAUCCCUAAUAAUAUUGGCAAUUUGACACGAUUGGAAUCUCUUGAUUUGUCUCGAAACAAGCUUUUUGGCCCUAUUCCUCUAAGUCUGUCCAAUUUAAGCUACCUAAGUCAUUUGAACAUGUCGUUCAAAAAUUUAUCAGGGCGAAAACCAACGGGAAAUCAACUUCAAACUCUCGACAAUCCUUCCAUUUAUAUAGGCAACGAUGGCCUUUGUGGUGCACCACUAAACAGCUGCCUCGAUGAUAAAUCAUCUGAUGGUGAUCACAAACAUGCUGGAGAGUAA